AUGGCGUGUCAACUCCUUCGUCAGUGGACGUUCAAUCAGCGAUCCGACGCGCGGCAAGAGCAAAUCGCCAGACUGCAAAAAGAGUGCGAAAAGUAUUUUCGCGAGAAGAAGCGCACAAUAAUCGAAACGCAAAUCGCGCCGAUCGUCGACGACAUCUGGAAGGCGCUGUUCAACAUUUCGCACGAGACGGCGCCGAAGAAAAAGUACGCGUGGGCGGAGGAAUUCCUUCUUCAGCCCGACGCUCUUCGCCUUUUGCUCUUCGCGUUCCGAUGCGCUCCCAAUGAUGUCAAAAGGGUACUUGGCACGAAAAUCUUUGGAUUUUUUGCAACUAUUUUCAGAAAAUCCGUGAUCUAUUUAUGCUCGUAACCACUUGGGGAUCAAACGACGGGAAGGGCAGUUGUGUGCCGCGCAAAUCGAUGCAUUCGCCGAAAGUUCGGUCCCAAUUGUUUCACUGUCGACACGAGAUUCUGCUGCUGAUCGCCGAAGGACACGAGGAUUUGGACAGCAUCGAUUUUUUCAACGAUAUCGUUCGGGUCUUCGCCGAGGACGACGUCUGUCUCAGUGUGCGUUGAUUUCCACGAAAUUUCCGAAAAAUCUAGCCCCGGCACUGAUUCGUAAAGAAAACGGUGAAAAAUUCCAUCGGAAUCAUGGUUCAUUUUGAUUCAAAAGUCGAUAUUGAUUUGAAUUUAUUCGAAAAUGCAUCCGUUCCCCUUGUUUUCAAGUAAAUUUCAACCGUUUCCAGGUAAUUCUCGACGACGACGGCCGAGAUCCGCCCGGUUUUCCGUUGUACACCCGCGCGCCGGCUAUUUGGGAAGUAUUCCGACGGCUCGUCGUGCCCGCGCUCAACACGUAUCACGAUCCGUUUGACUCGACAGUUUCGGCAUUUGAAAUGCUCAAAGUAACGCUCUUUUUGGCCAUUUUUUCAAAUCAAAAUAUACAAUUUCCAGAUAAUCCUCGACACAAAUCACGCGCUCGUUCAGGAAUUCAUCGCGAGAAACAAUGCGCGUUUCACGCAAGCGAUGCAAAAAUUGAUUGUUUCGGCAAAUUUUUAUAUUCAAGCGAAGUCGCUGAAACUGCUCCACGACAUGUUUCACAUUCGCGCGUUCGACGACGUCCGCGCCGAAUGGCUCGCGUCCGACUCGUUUUUGCGCGUCGUCAUGCUCGCAAUUCAGCACAAAAAUCGGACGGUCCGCACAGAGGCGUUCAAACUUUUGGAACUGUUUCUCAUGAAUCCAGCGGUGCCGCCGUCGAUUUACAAGUUUUUCGCGCAAAACAGCGAUGCUCUGGUCGCGUACUGUCUCGAGUGUGCGCCGACGAAUAAAUAUGAUGGAAAUGUGAUCGAGCAGGAGGACGAACGCAUCUCUCGGAUCGCUUAUAAACUCAUCAAUUGGAGGAUGCAACGGCCGAUGCGAAAAGAGGAGAUGGCAGAGUUCGAGAACGCCGAAUCGUAUCAGGGAAGACAGAGAAUUGGUGAGCAAUUCACAAAGAAUAUGUAUUUUUCGGGAAAAUUCUGAAGUCUCAUCUAUUUUCUCUUGACUAAACUGUAGACAAAUCACCUAUCCUAUCGAGAACCUGUCAAAAGAACUCCCCGAUUUAUUAAGUGUUGCAGAGCAAACGGUGAAGAGUCAUUUGACGGAGGAUCGGCCGCAAGUGCCGUUGGUCAAGCACCAGUUCAAGUUCAGCGAUCGGAUUCCCGCCUACCCGCAGUUCCUUCGUGAGCCCAUGAUAUUCGGAGCACCGCCACAAAUUCAGAAAAAAUGA